GGAUUGGAGUAAGGGGUGUAUAACUGAGACUAUAAAAACUCAGAGAGAAAACUCACCAUCAGGGCUGAGUUUGGGAGAAACUGCACAGGCAGGACUCUAAAGUUAGAAUCUCCUGACUUUUCACAAGAUGCUGGACUGGAGGUUGGCAAGUGCACAUUUUGUCCUGGCUGUGACACUUAUCCUGUGGAGUUCAGGAAAAGUACUCUCAGUGGAUGCAGUUACUGAGACUUUUGAUGUUGGAAUCAGAGAUGCGCAGUCACCAGCCAUAGCCAGGGAAGAGAAAUCAGCAGCUGAUCUGGCAGCAAAACUCAUGCUUCUUGAUGAACUUGUGUCUCUGGAGAAUGAUGUGAUCGAAACAAAGAAGAAAAGGAGCUUCUCUGGUUUUGGGUCUCCCCUGGACAGACUCUCAGCUGGCUCUGUGGAUCACAAAGGCAAACAAAGGAAAGUAGUAGAUCAUCCAAAAAGGCGAUUCGGCAUCCCCAUGGAUCGGAUUGGUGGAAAUCGGCUUUCAAAUUCCAGAGGCUAACUGAUUCCAAUUAUGUGACUUCCUUGGGUGAAAUGUCACAGAAACAUGGAAGAUGCUUCAGAUGUUCUUCACACUCCUUAAUCAGUAAACUUUGAAGGAACUGACCUUCUGCAAAUGCUUUCCAAAGCUUGAACUUAGGUCCAUCACAUCCCAGUGUUGUUAUAGCUUCAAGUAAAUUAUGCAGAUCAUUUCAAUGCAUGGAUAUUUUUAAAUUUACAUUUUAGUUGUUCAGGAAUGAUUGCUUGGCCCCAAACUUUAUUUUUCUAAGAAACAGCAUGACGUAGUGAAAUGCUUUCUAUAUGCAUUUACCUUUUACAUUUAUGCAGUUGAAGAAUAACCGAAGACUAAUUUGUUUCUGUAACAUUUAGGUGCAAUCUGUCAAUAUUAGGGAACAAAAACAAAGACAAUGCUGUGUGUUUUCUCUUUAAUGCUUUUACUUUUUCUUAUCCUUUAUCUAUGGACUUCUUGGGUAAUAAUUACAAAAUUAGACUUCUCAUAUUUUAUUCAAAUUUCAGUCAUUUUCAAUCAAAUAAAACUCAGUCUUAGUUAUAGAAAUAAGCAAAAGAAAUUCUGAGCAAAUAAAAAACAACAAUAAUUAAACCCAUAAAUUUUAGUCUUCCAGAGAACUGAGAAAAUAUCUGCAGGUCAGAGCAUAUUGACUUGUAGUUAGGAAGUGAAGGAUAUUAUUCAUCUGUUAAGCUUGGACAUCCUGUGUCCCCUAAUAACUUUCCAUUUCUCUCAAUUUCAACUGAUAAUUAAGAGAACAGUGGCUGAUUAUGAGAACUACUCACAGAAGUAACAAAUGAAAGGGUGGGAAAGUCAAAGAAUAUCAAGUAGUAGAUCACCAGUAUAGUUUGAGACCGUGUAAGUACACAUAAUUUUAGCACAGUAAAUUUUAACAAUAGUACAAUAUUCAAUCUUUUUGAUGUUACUGACUCACCUAAUCUGUUUUAUAUACUGUGUUUAAUAAGGCAUUAAAGAGUAUAAGUAUUGGAAAGUGAUUUCUUUAAAAUGAUCCAAAUUAUUUUUAAUUGACCUAUCAAAGCAAAAAGUUUGAUAGUCUAGAAAGUUUGAUUCUCAGCAAUAUCUGUGAUGUUUCUGUAAUUUAAGCUUUUGCAUUGGAUAUGCUUUCAAAACACACAAAUAU